AAAAGACUAAGAAUUAAAGACUUAAAUGACCUAAUUCCUUUUUAGUGAAUUUUUUAAUACACAAAGUUAAAGACCAAGAACAUGAAACCAAACACAAGAAACCAUUACAAAAGUUUUGUUGCUGCCAUUUCAAAUUCAACUCAUUCCCCAAUAAUUCCCAAAUAAAUAAUAAAAUCAAUCAAUUUCAAUUUCAUAUAAAAAUCCCCAUUUCCCAUUUUCCAACAAACAAGAUUCUUCUUCUUCUUCUUCUUCUUCUACAACUUAAAAAUUCCCGCCAUGGAAAUCGACUUUCAGUCGCCGGAGACUCACGGCGGAGCCGCCGUAUCCGUAAUAAAAACAAGCAAAUUCAAAGGCAGAAGCAGAGGUAACAACAAUGGAAACAAGUUCGUCGGAGUUCGGCAACGGCCAUCGGGCAGAUGGGUGGCGGAAAUCAAAGACACGACGAAAAAAAUCCGAAUGUGGCUUGGAACUUUCGAGACCGCCGAAGAAGCCGCCCGUGCUUACGAUGAAGCCGCUUGUCUUCUUCGAGGAUCCAAUACAAGAACCAAUUUCAUUCCACAAAUCUCUACGAAUUCUCCAAUCGCUUCUAGAAUCCGCUCCCUAUUAAACACCAAAAAAACCGUAAAUCGAAAAUCCCUAGAAAAUCCCACCACCACCUCCGCCGCGGCCGCUGCCACUUCCGCCGUCGCGGAUCCGUCAAUUCAGGACGAUGGAUUGUUCGACGGGGCGUAUAAACCGGAUAUGACGAAUUGUUUGGAAGAAAGAGAGGUGGGUUAUUGCGAUUCGUCUUGCUCUGUUUCUUGUGGAUUGGGGGUUCCGUUACCGGAGAACGUAACGGCGAAUUCAGAGGAAUUGGAGUUGUGUGCUUUCGAGAGAAUGAAAGUCGAGAGACAAAUUUCAGCUUCUUUGUAUGCCAUUAAUGGAGUUCAGGAGUAUAUGGAAGCUGUUCAUGAAGCUUCUGAACCCAUUUGGGAUCUUCCACCACUCUGUUCUCUGUUCUGUUGAUGAAGAAGAAGAAGGAUUCUCUGUUGUCGUCGUCGUCGUCUUCUUCUUCUUGAUCAUGAAAGAUUUCUAAUUGGUGUGGGAUUUAGGAAGAACAAUAGGAAGUGAAAAAUGAAGUUGCUUAAGAUGAGAGAUGUGGAGGAAGGAUGGUGCUGUCGUUUUUGAUUCAUUUGGUGGACUGUCGGACUGUGCUGAUGCUGAAGUGGUUCCCUGCCUGCUCUGUAUCGAUCCAAAAUCAAAAGCCUUAUGUUCGUGGUUUUGGAAAUGGCUUCUAAUGUGGGGGGUGGUGUCCUUCUUCAAAUGUUCUCGUUGUUCUUGCAGUUCAGUCUGGCAAUGGCUGCCUUGAGUGGCCUACUCCCCUGCUCAUCCUUAUCUCUUUGUGUAGUUCCAACUUUUCUUCCUCUUUAGAAGAUGUUUCUAUUCAUUUUUUGGGACACUGAAGUGUCGUUUGGACUUCCCUUUGCGAUUUGCGAGAAACGUGGGUUUUAAUAGUUGGUUGGCGUUAAGAUCCACGGUUUUGAAAGUAAAAUUCGGUGUGACUUUAGUGCUAAAU